CCUCCAUGCCCAUGCGGUCAGCCGUCGUCAAGCGCAAGCUGACGGUCUCCCUCACCGCUGUAACAAGCGACUGUAAUCUCAACUUCACACUCAUCUCCAUCUCGCACACAUCAUGACGCAACUCACAAGCAGCGGGGCUGCUGACACCGAGAUCGCACAUGUCAAUGUCCAGAAUGGCCGCGCAUUCUCGCUCAAUGCCUUCGGCAUGAACUACGCCUUCCAUGUCGACGCGAACGGCGAGCUCGUACACGACCACUUUGGCACGCCUGCGGAAGUGCAGCCGACUGAGGUUGGCCCAGAGCACAUCUCGGGGUGGGCGACACGCUUGACGGACGAGAAGCGAGAGCUUCCCGACGUGGGCCGCGGCGAUUUUCGUCUGCCAGCCAUCCACAUCCGAACCGGUGCGGGGCAUACCGUCACCGAGUUCAAGUACACGGGCUACGAAGUGGUGAGGGGCAAGCCGGAAUUGGAAGGGCUGCCCGCGACGUUUGGGGGCGAGCGAGACGUGGCGAGUGUCAUCAUCACGCUUGAAGACGAAGAGAGCGGGCUCGUAGCCACCCUCCGCUACUCUGUCUUCCCGGCACACAACGCCGUCACGAGGUCGUACACCAUUACCAACAAGGGUGGUCAGGACGUCGAGAUCAAGCGCGCAGCCAGCUUCACGCUCAAUCUCGACGCGGGGGAGUGGGACAUGGUCUACUUGACAGGCGACUGGGCGCGUGAGGCCAACCAAGUUCGCCGCCGCGUGGAAACAGGAACCCAAGGGUUUCACAGCCUCUGCGGGUACUCGUCUCACUUUUUCAAUCCCUUUGUAGCCCUCGUGUCGUCUGACACGACCGAGACGAGUGGGCCGGCGUAUGGCCUUUCUUUCGUGUACUCGGGCUCUUUCGCCGUCGAGGUCGAGAAGUUUGUGUCGGACCGCGUGCGCGCCAACAUCGGUCUCCACCCGCUUCACCUCGACUGGAAACUAGCUCCCGGGGAAUCAUUCACCGCGCCCGAGAGUGUUGCCGUGUUUUCGAACCACGGUCUUGGCGGGAUGAGCAGAUCCUUCCAUCGUCUGUACCGCGAUCACCUAAGCCGGUCAGAGUGGACCUACCGCCCGCGCCCCGUGCUCCUCAAUUCGUGGGAGGGCAUGUAUUUCGACUUUGACGCCGAAAAGCUGUACACCAAGGCAAAGGACUGCGCGGACAUCGGCAUCAAGCUCUACGUCAUGGACGACGGGUGGUUUGGGGUCAAGCACCCGCGGACGGGCGACCACGCCGGGCUCGGAGACUGGGUGCCGAACCCCGACCGCUUCCCCAACGGGCUCGACGACCUCGUGAGCCGCGCCACCUCUCUCUCCGUACACGGAAGCGACCAGAAUCUCAAAUUCGGCAUCUGGGUCGAGCCAGAGAUGGUCAACCCCCAGAGCGAACUAUACGAGGCGCACCCAGACUGGGUCCUGCACGCCGGGCGACACAAGCGUACAGAGCAGCGCAACCAGCUCGUGCUGGAUCUCUCGCGCCGCGACGUGCAGGACUACCUGAUCGACGCGAUCGGGUCGGUGCUCGCGUCCGCCAACAUCUCCUUCGUGAAAUGGGACAACAACCGCGCGAUGCACGAGCUGCCCUCCCCCUCGACGGCGCACGCCUACAUGCUCGGCCUGUACCGCGUGGUGGACAGCUUGACGCGCCGCUUCCCCCACAUUCUGUGGGACGGGUGCGCGUCCGGCGGCGGGCGCUUCGACCCAGGUCUCCUCCACUACUGGCCGCAAAGCUGGACGAGCGACAACACGGACGGCCUCGACCGCCUGCACAUCCAGUUCGGCACGUCGCUCGUCUACCCGCCCAGCAGCAUGGGGGCGCACGUCUCCGCCGUCCCAAACCACCAAGUACAGCGGGUGACGCCGCUCGAGUUCCGCGCGCACGUGGCGAUGAUGGGCGGCUCGUUCGGCUUCGAGCUCGACCUGCAGGCGCUGGACGACGGCGAGCGCGCACGCGUCCGCGACAUCAUCGCGCUCUCCGAGAAGGUGUCGCCGUACGUCCUCGGCGGCGACUUGUAUCGCCUCGCGGCGCCCGAAAGCAACUACCCCGCCGCGCUGUUUAUGAUGCCGGGCGGGGGAAGGGGCGUUCUCCUCGCGUUCUGCAUGCAGGCGCGCAUACACCGGUAUGCGCCGCCGCUGUUCUUCGCGGGCCUCGAUCGGAUGGCAGCGUAUGAGAUCGACUGCAAGACCUACACCGGCACCGACCUCAUGCACUCGGGCCUCAAGCUCCACUGGGACGCGCGCGACUACCAGAGCAAGGUGCUUUUUGUCAAGCGACUGCCGUACGACAAUUAGAGUAUACUUUAGGAUCUUGGUCGAUGUACGUUAGUAUGCCGAGG